AUGGAGGGUGACAGCCAGGACGAUGGCACCGACGGAGAGGCCUUCUCGCUGACACAGGAGGCGAAUCGGCAGGAGCGGGCUCGGGAUAUGCAGGCUGUCCUGCCUCGUUCGCGCGCUUACCGUGGUGCCGCCAGCGCUGCAGCUGCUCGAGCAUCUGCCGCUGCGACACUGCAUGCUGGCAAGCUCGGUAGUGCGGACACGUUCACCCCAAGUCCGACCCGUCAGCGCGCGACGCGAGCCUCUCACACCACAGUGCAGCAGCAGGGGAGCCCAUACAGCCAGCUGCAGCGGGUCGUGGAGAGUACCAUGGCCGUGGCAACUGUAGUAGCAGCAGGUCAGAGGCACACCACGACCCCUGUCGGAGAUACGAAGCCGCCCGAGGUGCUCUCGCAGAAGGAGCUGCGGCGGAAGACCGACAUGCUGAGGUGGGCGGAGCGCACGCGCGCAUUUUUUCACUUCAUCGAUACGCGUCCGUUGCACGUGACCUCGUCUCCACUGAAGCUCCCAGCGUCUACCUCCUCACAGGCACGUCAAGGCCGCUGCAGCCAGAGUGUAGUUACCAGUCACUAUCGCAAAAGGAUCAGGGCGGUGCAGACGCACAAAAGCCGCACGCCCGCAACCUCGAUGAGCCUCGCGUGUCGAAGCCACAGCGCGAGUACUGUCCGGAGUGUGCCGUCGCCGUCUGUGACUGCGCACCGUAGCAGCAGCAGCAGCGCCUUCGAGGAUGUCAUUUCGCGUGUGAAGCGAGAAGCAGCUGCAGCGGCUACUUCGACUCGCUCCACUUCUGCCAAGUAA